AUGUCAUCCAUCACACCGGUGAACCCGAAACCGUUCUUGCAGAUGCAAACAGGAAAACAAAUCCUAGUCAGACUAAAAUGGGGAAUGGAAUACAAAGGUUUCUUGGUCAGUACAGAUAAUUAUAUGAAUCUACAACUAGCAAACACAGAAGAAUUCGUUGAUGGAAAAUCAAACGGAAUGUUGGGAGAAGUUUUCAUCAGAUGCAACAACGUUCUUUGGUUACGCGAAUUGAACGAUGGAGAAGAAGGAAAAGCAGAACCAUCAUCGUAA